CAAGACAGGUAUAAAUAUCUACAAUCUUAUUGACACCAGCAUCAGUUUACCUGCAUCCACCAAAUAACCAACAUCGCCACUGUUAUUGUUAAAAAACAUCCUCAUCCUUCACCAUGAACUCAAUGACUAUCUUGGCUUGUAUCAGUGCGGCCGUCUUGGUCAACUUGAGUUCGGCCCAACAUCCUGGAGCUGGUGCCCCCCAUCAUGGUGGAGUGAAGGGCCAUCACGAUGGUCCAGCCCAUUACAACUAUGCCUAUGCUGUUCAAGAUGACUACUCGGGAUCCAAUUUCGGACAGAGCGAACAACGCGAUGGUUACUCGACCAGCGGCCAAUACCACGUGGCCUUGCCCGACGGCCGCAUCCAAACCGUGACCUACACCGUGGCUGAUCAAUACUCUGGCUACGUGGCUGAUGUUUCCUACUCGGGUCAAGCCAAGUAUGGGCCUUCGCAUGGACCCUCUCAUGGACAUGCUCACUCCGCUAGCACUGUAUAAGUCAUGCAUAUUUAGUGGAUGCCACUUACGAUUAUUUAUGCCCUUAUUUUUGGAUUUACCAAUUUUUACCCAUGAUCGCCAUACUAAUUUGAGAUUGAAUUGAACAUAAAAAUC